UGGGUAUCUCCCGGCCGGGCGCCGGGAGGCGCGUCGCGGUGGCGAAGGUGGGUGCGCGCCCUGCGAGCCUCUGGGCGCCCAGGACCCCCUCCGUCCGCGUCCCCGUCCGCGCCUCGGACCUGGUCCCGGAGCCCGUGAGACUCGCGCCUGGGACGCGAUCCCCGAGCACCCAACCCUCAGCCCGCGGCCUCGCAGACCGGGUUCUGCGGCCCGUCCGUCCGCAGACGAUCGUCUGCCCCCAGGCCUUCCACCGCCGCGCUCCUUUGGCCCUAGGACACGCCCCCCGUGCAGGACUGGCCACCCGAGAGCGCGCGUGCCAGGAGGGGUCGACUCCACGGAGGCACGUGAGCACUCCCAGGAAGCCCUGGGCAACCCCGAUGUCUUCUGAGCAGCUUUCCCUCGGGUCGGCUGGCCUGGCCACGCCAGGAUGCAAGGCGGGCAGGAGAUGAGGACAGAGUCGGUGAGUGACCUGGCACAGGAACCUGGAGAGGGGUCCCUCCACCGGACCGCCGCAGAACAGAGUGGCGAUGGUCUGGAGCCGAGGAGAAUCUGCUGCGACGACGACAGUUCCCUGACUCCGCCUGACGCGAAGGCUAGCGGCUCCGGGCUGGAAGAAGGUCUUCCCGCCUGUACACUCAGCUGCCCACACCCGGGGGAACUCAGCGGCGGGUGGGGAGAGUUCGAAGGCUUCCGGGAGUCUUCGGCUAAGUCUGCGCAGUUUUCUCAGCCCUUUGAACUCCUAGGGAGAGCCGCAGAACAUCAUCCGCAGAGGCCCCCUUCAGUCCCAAAAGAGCAUGGUUCUUGCCAGGUGCAGCAGGGUGGACCCUGGGCGACAGGCGCUGCGGCUGGCCCGUCUUCAGAGUCCAUCCUGAGCUAUGAGAAGGUUUUCAGGUUUGCGUUUCAGGAAGUCCCAGUGGAGCGGGAAACUGAAGACGUUUGUUCUUUAGACCAUUUCUUAGGGAUCAGCAGUGAAGAAAACGCGGGCCUUGCAUCCGUGCCUAGACUGUGUUCUGAAUCUAGGAAACUCUGGAGAGCCCUCCAGAACACUGACACCGUAUCUACUUCACCGUGUCUCUGGAAUGAAUCUCACUGCUGGGAAAACCUCUUUCCUGUCCUUGGCAUAGACGCCGCUCAGAAGAGCCUUUCUGGAGGCCAGGGUCAUGUUCUAGAAGGUUCUGACCUCAGAAAGCCGGAAGAGCUGCUGGCAGUCAACAGUUUCCGCCUACACCACUGCAAAGCCCUGAUUCAGACCAAGCUCUCAGGGACAUCUGGCAGCAGACAGGGCAGCCUGAUUACCUACAGCCUGUUUCUGAAGACACCACUACAAGGAAAUGGGCACUACAUCACCAUUCCACAAAAAAAGAUCUUUACUCCACGCAACCUAAAAAUGGCGUUCUUUAAUAAUGGUGUUUGCUGAAAGCAAGAGUACUUUGUACCUUUAUGAGAUAUUUUACAUUCUUACUGGCUUUAGUACUAGAAUCUGAGAACUGUUCUGUGGCUCUGUUUUCCAGAUCCAUGUUAGCUUCGUAGGACCUCUGUCAACCUACUAUAUGAUAUACCUCGUGCACUCAGAUCUGAAGGGUGCACAGGAAAUGUCCUAGGGCAGCACUGGGCUCCAUAGCAUUUCUGGGGACACUGUAGGUUGGCACCAGGUGCCUGAGACCCCUGCCUGGCUCAUAGUUGGGUCCAUGAGUUCAGAAGUCGGAGAACCCACCCUGGCCCUGGAUCCCCUCAUGCUGUUUCCUAAGGCAUUAAUGCGCACCUCUGUGCUGGGUCCUGCCCUCACUCAGCAACCUUGGGGACAGCUUUCCUGAGUAGAAGGGUGGCAGGAGACCACACUGGGUGUGCCAGGAGGAAAGCUUCCUUUGUCAUCUGCUGAGACACUGUUUUCUUCUAGGGGCAGACGCUAGCAAGCAGCACUGAAUUUUGUAAACUUUUAUUAAAAAGAAAAGACUGUA